GCAAAGAAGAAGAUCCCUCUAUCCCUCUCAAUUCUUUCUUAGCAGUACUAGCCAAAACAAACAUGUCCACACCUCGUCCCAAGACCCCAGCCGCUCCAUUGGCACUUGCUGCCAACGAAGAGCGGAGCCUAAAGUACUUCUCUGAUGAUGUUAUUACAAGUCAUAUAUACACCAAGCAUAGCGACGACGAGGCAAUGAAAAUCGACCUGAAUAACUACAUUUCAUUCAUCGAAAACGUAGUCAAAACUGCAGAUCAAAUUGCUGAAACUCAUCUUGGCCGGGUACAAGGAAGCAAAGGGCAUUUUGUAUUUUCAGAUGACCCCUUGAAAUAUCCCUCCUCAAUUGAUCCACCACUUUGCACCCUUCAUCAGAUCUCAAAAGAGUUGGCAUGCAAGGCUCCAGGAAUAGAAACAGCCCACAAGACAACACUUGACAUUCUCAACAAACUGAUAAGCUACCCUUGGGAAGCCAAGGCCGCGUUAACCUUCGCGGCGUUCGCGACAGACUAUGGAGUUAUUUGGCACCUCGACCAUUACUCUCACUCGGAUCCGCUUGCUAAAUCAUUGGCGAUGAUCAAGCGAGUGGCGUGGCUGAAAAAAGAGUUGGAGUCUUUCAAAUACCGACAUGUCAACAGUCUGAUUUACAGUUGCCUACAAGCGAUUAAGAACAUAAAUGAACUCAAGAACAUAUCCAAAUAUGACACGAAAGAAGUUCCUGAGUUAUCUGCAGCUCUUCGCCAGAUCCCCUUGGUUUCUUAUUGGAUCAUUCACACUCUUGUGGCUUCAAGCACUGAACUUCAUAGCUAUCUUUCUGGCGCAGAAGGUCAGACACUGAAAUAUUUGAACGAAUUGGAUGAAAAAUUCCGAUCUUUACUUUUCACAUUUGAGAAGCAACUCCAGUUCAUCCGAGAACAACAAGAAGAGGUAGAACUUUAUAAGUCUCUGGUGGGUCAAACUGAUCAUUUUCCUACUGAUGUGACAUUGUUCCUCUCCAAGCUGAUUGAUGGCAAACACAAACCCCAGCCUCUCAUAAACUGUUCUACUCAAUUGGAGGAACACAUUGAGGAGUUUUUGAAGGAAAAAAACUUGAUCUUAGUAGUUUCUAAGGGAUUGAAAUUUUCAAUGGAAGAUCUUGAGAUUCUUCAUGUUAUUUACGAUGAAUUGAAAAGGGAAAAUAAGUAUGAGAUUGUUUGGGUUCCAGUCAUCUCAGACCCUCCCAAUGAAGGUGAUGAGGAAGCGUACGAAUCUCUGAAAUCUAAAAUGAAAUGGUACGCAUUGCCAUUCACUACAAAAGUUGCAGGCGUGAGGUUUCUAGAGGAGAAAUGGCAGCUCAGAGAAGAUCUAAUGGUGGUUGUUCUCGACUCGAAAUCGAAGAUCGAAUUCACAAAUGCAGUUCAUUUGACUCGAGUUUGGAAAAGAGAGGCUAUUCCUUUCACGUAUGAGAGAGCAAAAGCUUUGUUGAGAAAGAAUUGGAUUGAUUCAACUGUCGUCAAGUUUAGCGACCAACCAAGGCUACGAAGCUGGAUUAACCAGGAAAGGAACAUCAUAUUCUAUGGAGGACACAACCCCAACUGGGUUCGAAAAUUCGAGGAGACAGCAGAAGCCAUUAAAAGAGAUCCUUUGGCGAGAGAAGAAGGAGCUACAUUUGAAAUGGUACCCAUAGGAAGGAACGACAAAGGAGAGCAUGAUCCUGCUGUCAUGUUUCGUUUCUGGAUGGUACAACGAAGUUUCUUCAAUAUCAAACAUCAACUACAUGGAUCGAGUGCAUCCGAAGACGUCUCGCAAUUGAUAUCUUACGAAAAUGAGAAUGGAUGGGCAAUAAUAGUCAAAGGUCCUACAGUCAUCUUCGUCGGGGGUGGCGAUCUGAUACUAAAAGCAAUGGAAGAGUUUCAAGCAUGGAAGAAAAACUUGCGCUGGGAAGGCUUCUCUGCUUCUUUCAAAGAUUACUACCACGAGCUCACUGCCAAGAGUCCUCACUGCACACAUGUGAACAUUCUAGGAUUUAGCGGAUGGAUUCCGCUGAUCAUCGUCUGCCCCAUGUGUCAUCGCUACAUGGGAAGUGGUAUCAGAUUCACAUGCUGCCAUGGCGGCCCUGAUGUUCUUUAGAUCUCACCUUAUUAUUACUAUACGUCUAAGUUCUACUACUGCCUAAAUAAUACCGUUUGGCUGCCUCUUCUUCUACAUGUAAGAGUCCGAAGGCCAUGUGGUUCAUACGAAUGGAUGUUCUGUUAUAAUAUUUCAUAAUUAUAUUUCGUUUC